GCGACGGCUGACAUUGAAUCCAGUUAGGACAGAUAUCUAUGGCGCGGAUGACGACGAUCAAACGGGCCGCCACGCUGCUCACGGUGGCGGUGUUCGUCCUGGCUGCGGCGGAGGCGUCGUUCGACUACGGCGGCGCGUUCGACAAGUCCCUGCAGUUCCUGGAGGCGCAGCGGUCCGGGAAGCUCCCCGCCGACCGCCGACCGCACUGGCGCGGCGACUCCGCCCUCACCGACGGCUUCUCCCAGGGGGUGGACUUGGUGGGCGGGUACUACGACUCGGGCGACCACGUGAAGUUCGGGUUCCCGAUGGCCUACGCGGUGACGAUGCUGUCGUGGGGCGUGCUGGAGUUCGAGAAGGAGAUGGCCGCCGCCAACAACCUCAACCGGGCCCUCGACGCCAUCCGCUGGGGCGCCGACUACUUCCUCAAGGCCCACUCCGAACCCAACUCCCUCUGGGUCCAGGUGGGCGACGGGGAGAGCGACCACCUGUGCUGGGAGCGUGCGGAGGACAUGUCGACCCCGCGCACGGCCUUCAAGAUCGACGCGGCGCACCCGGGGUCCGACGUGGCCGCGGAGACGUCCGCGGCGCUCGCGGCCGCCUCCAAGGCGAUCCGGCCCUACGACUCCGGGUACGCGAACCUCCUCAUCAUGCACGCCAAGCAGCUCUUCGCCUUCGCCGACACGUUCCGGGGCCGGUACGACGACGCCGUCCCGGGCGCCAAGAAGUUCUACCCGUCGGCGUCCGGGUACCAGGACGAGCUGCUCUGGGCCGCCGCCUGGCUCUACGAGGCCACGGGCCACGAGGCCCACCUGCGGUACGUGGCCCAGAACGCCGACGCCCUCGGCGGGACGGGGUGGGCCGUGCGCGAGUUCUCCUGGGACAACAAGUACGCGGGCCUCCAGGUGCUGCUCUCCAAGCUGCUUUUCACCGGCGGCGGCGGCGCCAAUGGGUUGUCCGACGAUUACGAUGACACGUUGCGCCAGCUCAAUGCCAAGGCGGAGUUCUUCCUGUGCGCGUGCUUGCAGAAGAAUGGUGGGAACAACGUGAGGACCACGCCGGCGGGGCUUUUGUACGUGGCGGACUGGAACAACAUGCAGUACGUGACAUCCUCCGCGUUCCUCCUUGCUGUCUACGCCGACUACCUCGCCGUCUCGGGGCGUCAGCUCAAGUGCCCUGACGGCGAGGUGUCGCCGUCGGAGAUGAUCCGCUUCGUGAGGCGCCAGGUGGACUACGUCCUCGGCGACAACCCGGCGUCCAUGAGCUACAUGGUCGGGUAUGGGGAGAACUUUCCGAGGCGCGUGCACCAUCGCGGCGCGUCCAUCCCGGCCGUUGGUUCCGUCAACGGCAUCGUCGGCUGCAUGGACGGCUUCGACAGGUUCUACAACACGAAGGAAGCCGACCCUAACGUGCUCUACGGCGCACUCGUCGGAGGGCCCGAUGCCAACGAUGCCUUCGUCGAUGACCGCUGCAACUACCAGCGCGCCGAGCCCACCAUCGCCACCGCCGCCCCCAUCGUCGGCGUCUUCGCUCGCCUCGCCGCCGAACCCGCCACCGCCUCCGGUGAUGGCUCGAGUAGCUACCAUCCUGCGGUGGAAGCGCCGCUAGAGUUCGUGCACACGGUGACCGCCACGUGGAAGGGCAGCAACGGCGAGGACGAGUACCGGCACGAGGUGACGGCGAAGAACACGUGCGGGCAGACCAUAACCUACGUGAAGCUGCACGUGAAGGGGCUCUCGGGCCCGAUCUACGGCGUCUCCGCCAGCGCACAGGGCAAGGACAUGUACGAGUGGGUCGGCCGGCUCGGCGCCGGCGAGAAGCUCACCGUCGUGUACGUCCAGGGCGGGCCUCCGGCCAAGAUCGUCGUCGCUGACUACAAGACGGGCUGAUCAAUGAGAUCGAUCGAAUCACGCGAAACAUGAGUUGUCACCUUCUUUAUUUCUUUCUUUCUUUUUUUUAUGAUUUUUGCCUUGGCCCUGCUGUUUUUCUCUUGCUCUGUUUUGUGUUAUCUGAGGUUGGACUUGGUAAGAAACAUCGAUGAAUUAUAGCUCGGGUUAAUAUCAAUUGUGUCCUUAUUUGAUUGUUGAAUAUGUACUUUUUGCACAAA